UGCGCCAUGGAGUCCCGCCGCCCGCCGCCGCCGCCGCCGCUCUUGGUUCUGGCGCUCCUGCUCCUGACGGCGGCUGCUGCCGUCCACGGCCAGUCCAUUGACGACUGGUUCACUGACGAGGAGCUGCGCGAGCUAGACAUGGAGCCCGAACGGGGACCGAGCGGCUCCGUGGAGGGCUUUCGGACCGAGUUCCUGAGCCGCGGCCGACGCCGAUCGUUCCGCGGUCAGAGGCAGUACCAGGUUCGGCUGGUCGGAGGCACCUCCAGACAAGGCAAUGUGGAGGUGCUGAUUUACGACUGGCGCGAGCAAAUAGCCGGCUGGAGGUCGGUGUGUGACAUCGGCUGGACCCAGGCUCACGCUGAGGCCGUCUGCAGACAGCUCGGCUUCCCAGGACCCGCCGUCGCCACCAGACAUGGACGCUCCGGAUUCAGAAGCACCGGGUUCGGCAGCAUGGUGAGCAACUGCCAGGUGGGCCGUCGUGGCCUCCGGGACUGCCUCCAUGACGGCCUGGGCGCCAUCGCCGAGUGCAGCUCGCGCAACGUGGCAGGCGUCAUCUGCGGCGACGACCCCUCCACCGCCUUCAGUCAGCCUAUCGAAGUGCGGCUGCGCAAUCGCAUUGGCAGCAGAGGAGACGUCGAGGUGCGGUACGGCAACCGGGGCUGGGGGCCGGUGUGUGGCGAUGGAUUCGAUCUGCGGGAUGCCACGGUGGUGUGCCGUCAGCUGAACCUGGGAGCCGCCAGGAGGUCCUACAUCAGCGGCCGUCGAGCGAGCGGCGCGUUCAUCCUGGCCGGAGUGGAGUGUUCCGGCCGCGAGAGCAGCCUGGCCCAGUGCCGCUCCGUGAGGGGCGCCUCGGUCCGCUGUGCCGGAAACCAGUUCAGCGGCGCAGCAGUCGAGUGCGCCGGACGACGGUCCCGCGGCCUGCCUGACCUAGUUAUCGACCCUGAAGAGGUCGAGAAGAGUGCCUUCAUCGACAACCAGUCGCUGGGGUCGCUGACCUGUGCCUUGGAAGAGAAGUGCCUGUCCGACUCAGCAUACCUGGUACGAGCGCGAGAGCCAAGACUUUGGAAGUCGCGACGACGAAAGCUACUCCGGUUUACCAACAAAGUGCAAAACAUCGGCGGGAGUGACUACCGUCCCCACACCGACCCUGCCCAGUGGCAGUGGCACUCGUGUCACAGCCACUUCCAUAGCGUGGAAAGCUUCUCUGAUUAUGACCUCACUUACCCGGGAACAAACAGAAGGGCCGCUCAAGGACACAAGGCGUCAUUCUGCUUGGAAGAUUCAGAGUGCAAAGCAGGCAUUCCCCAGAGGUACCGGUGUCAGAUCGGCACCAGCCGUGAGCGGUUCCCGCAGGGUAUCCGUGCCGGCUGCGCAGACGUCUACGCCUCCUACAUCGACUGUCAGUGGAUUGACGUCACUGACCUUCAGUCGGGGCCCUACACUCUGCGGGUGAGGGUCAAUGGUAACCGCAUGGUGGCUGAGGAGAGUUUCGACAACAACCAGGUCAUCUGCCGGGUCAGGCUGGACCUGGAGCGGGAGAGGACCCAGGUCUCCAACUGCCGAUUGGCGCCGCUCUGAAGACGUGGCAAGUCAUCUGCCGCGUCCGGCUGGACCUGGAGCGGGAGAGGACCCAGGUCUCCAGCUGCCGAUUGGCGCCGCUCUAAAGACGUGGCGUGACAAACACUUACCCGAGAACGCCGCGUGAUUUUAUGUAACUAGAAAAGGCGAAAUAUACGAAUUGGUCUAUACAA